AUGCCACCCACAACUUCUAAGUUGAAUAAACUAGCAGACAAUAGUUUCCAUGUGCAUCCUUGUUUUGAUGAAAAGGAAGACAAUGCUCCCUUCCAUCAAGGAGCUGAAAUGAAUCAAUACACUUUGACUAGUGGUGCAACGGCUCGAGGACAAACCUUAGGAAUUAAUGUUGAAAAAUCUACUCUGAUUGACAAAAAUAGAAGUAAUACAACAACUUCUAGUCGAAAUAAGUCAGCAAAGACUAGUAUCCCUGUGCCUCCUAAUUUUUAUCCAAUGGAAGAUGAUGACACCCUCUUUCAAGAAUCAAAAAUUACUCGAGAUGCUCAAAGAAGUGAUAAUUUGAAAAAGAGUGCAUUUGAAUUUGAUAAGUCAGAAAAAGUAAUUGGAGUGCCUCGAUCUGCUCAAAAAAGUGAUACUAGUUUGUUUGAAUCUAGAAAAGCAAAAAAAGUGGUUGAAGUGGUACAAGAUGCUGAGGGAAUUGAAACUAAUUUUGCAGGUCCAUGUGAAAUAGAAAGGGCAAAGAAUGUGAGGGGAACAAAUAUUUGUAAGAAUGUUUUGCGAUUGAGACCUGGAGAAAAAUUAAAAGUCACUUUCUGUCAAAAUCGAGUCGUCGGGCAGAAUCACACCUCAUUUACGAGACACUUGGGCUUGAUAGUUCGUGAUCGUAAUAUCUGUCCACUCCGGGUACACUCAUGGAUGGACAUUGAAGAGCAUAAGCUUGAGCACAUGUGGGCAGCUGUUACUGAGAAGUUUGACAGUGAUGACAUGAAUGAUCAAAGAGAUAAUGUUUUGCAACAUAUGAGAAAGCUUUGGAAUAAUUGGAGAGGAUCAUUGCACAAGAAUGUGAAAUCUAAAUCAUUGCACGAGGUUCUUAAAGAUGUGCCAAUGGGAGUAGACAAGAGUGAUUGGGAAUGGUUGGUCAAGGAACAUUUUUUAUCUCAAAAAUUUAAGGUAGUGGAAAGGUGCUUUGGACCUCAAUGCAAAAGUCACGUAGUUGGAUUUGGUGGUGGAAUAACAACUAAGGAGUUAAAAGGCGGUACCACCUCAAAGGCUGCAUUGUGGGAAGAGCUGAAAACAACUCGAAAAGAAAAGGAAUCACUACAAAAACGCAUGGAUAUUCUAGAGAGUAAAUAUGAACACCUUGAAAAUAUAGUGAUCCGUCAGUCUUCAUCAGUUCCAUCAAUUCCAUCAGAUGAAGAUUUUGAAGAUUAAAGAACAAGAUCAUGUGAAAGAUAAUGUGGAGCGUGCAACAAAGAAUAUUAUAUUUUUAUUGUUGGUGCAAAGACGUUAUCUGUAGUUAUUCUUAAUGUCAUUUUCUUAAUUUCUAGGAUUUUAUAGA